AUGGUGGCUCAAAAAAUUAAGGUGGCUCAACCUAUCGUAGAGAUGGAUGGUGAUGAACAAACAAGAAUCAUUUGGCAAUUAAUUAGAGAAAAAUUGAUUUUACCAUUCUUAGAUGUCGAUUUGAAGUAUUACGAUUUAUCAAUUCAAUAUCGUGAUGAAACUAAUGAUCAAGUUACUGUUGAUUCAGCAGAGGCAACAUUGAAAUAUGGUGUUGCAGUUAAAUGUGCUACUAUCACACCAGAUGAAGCUCGUGUUGAAGAGUUUAAUUUAAAGAAAAUGUGGAAAUCUCCAAAUGGUACCAUUAGAAAUAUCCUUGGUGGUACAAUCUUUAGAGAACCUAUCAUCAUCCCAACUGUACCAAGAUUGAUUCCACAAUGGGAAAAACCAAUCAUUAUAGGUAGACAUGGAUUUGGUGAUCAAUAUUGCGCUACUGAUGUUGUUAUCCCAGGUAAUGGUAAAUUAAAAUUAGUAUUUGAAUCAGACGUUUCCCCAGAUCAAAAUAUGGAUUUACAAGUAUACGAUUAUCCAAAGGAUGGUGGUGUAGCAAUGGUAAUGUAUAACACAAAGGAAUCCAUUGAAGGUUUCGCUCAAGCUUCAUUCAAAAUGGCUCUAAAUAGAAAACUACCAUUAUAUUCGACUACUAAAAAUACUAUAUUGAAAAGAUAUGAUGGGCAAUUUAAGGAUAUCUUUGAAUCCUUAUAUGAAUCCACUUAUAAACAGGAAUUUGAAAAAGUAGGAAUCUGGUACGAACACAGACUGAUUGAUGAUAUGGUCGCCCAGAUGAUUAAAUCUAAAGGUGGGUUUAUCAUUGCUAUGAAAAACUACGAUGGUGAUGUUCAAUCAGAUAUUGUAGCACAAGGGUUUGGUUCCUUAGGGUUAAUGACCUCAGUAUUAAUUUCACCUGAUGGAAAGACUUUUGAAAGUGAAGCUGCCCACGGCACCGUCACUAGACAUUACAGACAACAUCAACAAGGGAAAGAAACAUCUACAAACUCUAUUGCAUCUAUUUUUGCAUGGACUAGAGGUAUCAUUCAAAGAGGUAAAGUUGACGGAACUCCGCAAGUCAUUGCAUUCGGUGAAACUUUGGAAAAAGCUACCAUCGAUACUGUACAACUUGACGGAAUUAUGACUAAAGAUUUGGCUUUAAAUAUGGGUAAGACCGACAGAUCUGCUUAUGUCACCACAGAAGAGUUUAUUGAAGCUGUCUCUAAGAGAUUACUAGCUGAAAUGGCAUAG